UUUUCGCCUGAUUUUUUUCACUUGAUUUUUGAUUUAAAAAUGUACAAAAAUAUCGUUAUUAUUAUCAAAUUGAUCGGUAUAAUUAUUGUUCAUCAAUGUACAACCAGUGAUCAACAUAAUGUAACAGGAAAACAAGAACCAAGAUCAAUUCCAUGUGUUGUUCGAUAUGAUUAUGGAAAAUUAUCGGAAAAUCAUGAUAAAAAAAUCGAUGGUAAUAUGUUGGAUAAAGGAUUAGAGGAUUUAAUAUCAUUGGAUAUAGUGAACAAAUUAAUGACAGUUAUACAAUGGAAAGGUAAAGAUGAAGAAUCAAAGAAUAAUGCUAAUCAAUCACCAAUCAUAAGUAUGGCAAUAUCGAUUAAUGAACAAACAAACAAAACACGUAUUUAUUGUUUAAAAUCUUAUGAUCGAUUAACAUAUCAAAUUGGUGAUUAUAAUCAAGAAAUCGAUAUGAAUGAAGUGAAAAUAUUUACCGGUGUACAUGAAGAAAAUCAAAUAAUGGGUGCGAUUUCCUAUCAAAACAAAGGAAUAAUAUCAUCGUUUUAUGGUAAAUUAUCAUAUCGUAUAAAAAUGUAUAAAUUUGAGGAAAAACAAUAUGGUACAACUAAUUUUGAAUGGAAAAAAUCAUUGGUAGUUGAUUCGGGUUUAAAUCUUAUAUAUCAAUUUGAUGAAACACCUAGUGUACAACAACAACAAGAAUUUAUAAAAUCAUUUGCACAAAUAUUUGGUCCAUAUUCAUUUACAUAUGGUUUUGUUGAUAAAGGUCAAAUCUAUUUAUUCUCGAGUCAUGAUGAUAAAGUAAUAACAUUUUCAAUGGAUAUUUUUGAAAAUAUGGAACAAAAAUAUCCAUUCAAAUUACAAUCAUAUCGUGAUUUUAUAAAUUGUAAUAAAAAAAUUGAACCGAUUAUAAUUGAUAAUAAACAUAAUAAUGGAACUGAUGUACCUAAUAAUGAACCAAAAGAAUUUUCUACUACUAUUUUGAUAAUUAUAGUUGCAUCAAUAAUAAUAUUUUUACUAUUGAUUGUAUCGUUGGUUUGUUUUUUACGAAAAAAAUCCGGUAAAAAAAAUCCAGUAAAAAAAUUAUUACCAAAACAGCAGAUUAAUUUAGAUGGAAAGUCCCAUUCAUUGAUAUCACCAUCAAAAACAACAACAACAGCAACAAGCGCAGCAGCAACAAGCACAGCAACGAUGAAUGAGAAAACAAUAUCAAAUUCAUCAAUGUUAUCAAGAACACCAUCAACAACAAAAAAAAUGAGCAAAAUUUAUAAUAUUAAUUGAAUAAAUAAAA